AAACCUUGCCUCAGAGCAAACUGUUGAAUAAAAUGAAGUCAUUUUCCCCCCGGCCAACCGGCUUAAUCCAAUGCGGCUGGGCCGGCACGCGUUUGAAAUAAAGCCACAUUAAGCAUACGACACGUGGUACGGUAUCCAAAGGCACGCACACAGCCGCAACAGCAGUGCAAUGGCAGAGCGGCUCGGCUCGGCUCUUUCAGUCACUUGCUUCAUUCAUGUCUUUUUCGGACCAUUUCUUUUGCACCGCCAUUCGCUGGGGCGACAACCACGAAGACACCGCUACGUCGACACUUGCUGCGACACACGGGAAAGAGGGGGACAGAAACAGACGCGGACAGACGCCGCUGAGGCUAAAACAUUGGGAGUAUAAAAAUCGUGAACAAUAGAAAAACGAUUAUUAAACGCAAUUGUGCCAGCAUUGAGGCAACAGCGGCCACAGAGCGAAAACAAAAAAACAAAACAGUUUAAAAAAUGGCCAAACUGCUCCUUGCGAUUGUCGGUGUGGCAGCCCUGAUGGGUGUCGGUCAGGCGGCGGCAGGCGCCUCCACGCAGCAGCUGCCGCUGCAGCGGCUGAUUGCCGAGGAGCAGAGCAAAUGCGCCAGUGGGCAAGAUUCGAUGGCCUGCAUCAAAGAGCGUGCCAUGCGCUUUGUGGACAACGUGAUGAGCAAAGACAGCUACACGCUGUCCAACCUGGAAGUGCGCUCCAAUGGCCAAAAGGUGAGCCCAACCAACGAUGCCCGUGCCCGUGCCAGCAGCAGUGUUGAUGGCUUCAUGGAUGCCCUCGAGAACUACAUACAGGGACACGAUGUCAGCAUGAACUUGCCCAUGGCCGAUGCCAAGAUCACCGUCUCGGCACGCAAUCUGGCCAACGACGAGCUGAGCUUGAACCUGCAGCUGAACGGCGAUGAGGAAGAUGGCAGUGCUGUCGAUGGUGAAGCCAGGGGUAAGAAGGGCAACAUCUUCAAGAAGGGCAAGAAGCACCGUCUCCGCAAGCUGGCUAUGCCCAUUCUGGUUAUUAUCCUUCUGAAGGCCAUCACCGUCAUUCCCUUGGCCAUUGGCAUCCUGAAGAUCAAGGCAUUCAAUGCCCUGGCCCUGGGCUUCUUCUCUUUCCUAGUCUCGGUUGGUUUGGCCAUUUUCCAAUUGUGCAAAAAGAUUGCCCAUGAUCAUCACCACACCUCCCACAUCACCGCCCACGGCCCCUGGGAUGGCCGCACGUUUGGCGCCGUCUCCGUUCCCGUUGUGGAGCAGCCACAGCAGUUGGCUGCCCAGAAGAUGGCCUACAAGGGCUAUGCCUAAGCCGCAAAAACCAGUGAGCGUAGCGGAGCAUUAAGGGCCAUAAAAAAGUUGGCAGCGCAAGAGCGCAAAAUGAUUUGUUAAUUGUUAAAAGUUUUUUGUGGCUUUUGCUGCUGCCAGAGUCCGUUGGACUGGUUUCCUCCUGUUAUCCUCCUGCGUUGCUGUACCUUUUCUUUAGACUUUACGUAUAAUAUUUAUUAACUAUUUAUUGAAAACACAAGAGAAUGAGAAAACAGAGCAGGCACAAAACCAAAAUAAAGU